AUGCCGACUCAAAACGCCUGGAUCGUGGAUCAUGAGACCCGCAAUAAGUUCAUGAAGAAGUAUAAAACCCAAGUGGCCUCAGGAACUUCCACUAUAUGCGCGACUCUCGCGGUGACACCCUUAGAGAAUAUCAAAACACGAAUGCAAACCCACAAUUUCAAGAAUAUUUGGCAGUGUGCACGGUAUCUGUGGCGGACUGAGGGUCCGCGUGGCUACGUGGCAGGUGCUAUUCCUCCGCUAGCUAGUGUAACGGUUGUUCGUGUUGUCAACUUCACCACCUACAACCAUGCCAAACAUUCAAUCUCCGACUUUUUUCAGCGCAUCACCGGAGAAUCCCCGCUAGAUGAAUACAACAAGCCCGGAAGUACCCCUACUAUCACUGGAAUAUUGACCUUUACCACUGCCGGAUCAUUGGCUGGCUUAGCGACUUCGCCGUUUGCUUGCCCAUUUGAACUAGCCAAGAAUGUUGUUCAAACCUCAGUUCUAGUCCAUAACAGAUCCCAGGCAGCCCCUGGUGCAGCCGCAGAUCUUUCCCUGCGCCGCAAGCCCCGUCUUGGUACUGUGGAAGCAAUCAGGGAGAUUAUAAAGCGAUAUGGUGUUCGAGGUCUAUAUACUGGCUUCCGUCUCCAUGCUUUGCGCGAUACUGUGGGAUCCGGUCUCUACUUUAGUGUAUAUGAGACUGUGAAGCAGAUCGCUGCCAAAGAAUUGGGCAAAGAUACCUCUCCUUUCGGAGCUCCAAUGAUUGCUGGUGCUAUCUGUAGCACCGUCCCAUGGUUCUGUACUUAUCCUCUCGACACACGUAAGACUCGAGCUCAGAGUGUGUUGCUUGGUAAAUCCAAGGAGGUUGGCGAAGCUAGUAUGGCGGUCGCCAAGUCUAGCAUGUACAAAGGUAUCUCUAUUAUCCUUAUUCGUACCGGCAUUAACAACAUGAUCCUACUGAGCAUGUUUGAAUAUAUCAAAGCUCAGAUCAACGAGCUUCCUUGA